CCCGCUCGCACCCCCGACCCGCUCGGAUUCUCGCGAGAGCCCUACAGGUUAUAAAGGCAGCGCCCCGCGCUCGUUUCGCGUCUGCUUCCUGCCGAGUUCUGGUCUGAUUGCGCUGUCGCUGGUAAUAACAAGAUGUCUUCAGGAAAUGCCAAAAUUGGGCAUCCUGCCCCCAACUUCAAAGCCACAGCUGUUAUGCCAGAUGGUCAGUUCAAAGAUAUCAGCCUGUCUGACUACAAAGGAAAAUACAUCGUAUUUUUCUUUUACCCUCUUGACUUCACUUUUGUGUGCCCCACGGAGAUCAUUGCUUUCAGUGAUAGAGCAGAAGAAUUUAAGAAACUAAACUGCCAAGUGAUUGGUGCUUCUGUGGAUUCUCACUUCUGUCACUUGGCAUGGAUCAACACACCUAAAAAACAAGGAGGUCUGGGACCCAUGAACAUUCCUUUGAUAUCAGAUCCCAAGCGCACCAUUGCUCAGGAUUAUGGGGUCUUAAAGGCUGAUGAAGGCAUCUCUUUCAGAGGCCUUUUUAUCAUCGAUGAUAAGGGCAUCCUUCGCCAAAUCACUGUAAAUGACCUCCCUGUUGGUCGCUCUGUGGAUGAGACUCUGAGACUAGUUCAGGCCUUCCAGUUCACUGACAAACAUGGUGAAGUGUGCCCAGCUGGCUGGAAGCCUGGUAGUGAUACCAUCAAGCCUGAUGUCCAGAAGAGCAAAGAAUAUUUCUCUAAGCAGAAGUGAUCCCUGGGCCAAUUUAGGACCAGGCUACAAAGAGCAGUCAUAGAAAUAAAGCUUAUUAUUGUCAUACUUAAGAUUUUAGACUUAGCCCAAAUGUGGUGUGGGGUUGGCACAGACCUUUCCUUCACUGGUUAGGGAGGACCAGUCUUUCUUCCCCUGGAGAGAAUGGCCUCUGUAUGCUGUAGGGCAGGCCAACUGGUGUUUAUUGUGGGACAUUACUUCUGAUCUUUUGUAGUUUCUAUUAAACUUGAACUGAGACCAUA